AAGAGACGCCAAAGGACAGCGCGCAAAUCUCCCUCUGAACUACUGGGAAAUAUGCAUCCUAACUUGGUGAGCUGGUUGGGGACUGUGGGGUUCCUGCUGUGGGCGCUGCUCUCCCUGAGCGCACUGACCGAGGGAUACCCGAUGAAACCCGAGAACCCCGGGGAGGACGCGCCGGCGGAGGAACUGGCCAAAUACUACUCUGCUCUGAGACACUACAUCAACCUCAUCACAAGACAGAGGUAUGGGAAGAGGUCCAGCCCUGAGAUUCUGGACACUCUUGUGUCAGAGCUGCUGUUGAAGGAAAGUUCAGACACACUUCCCCAGUCAAGAUAUGACCCAUCAUUGUGGUGAUGCCGUCCACCAGUGAUGCCACCCGCCUCCUCACUGCCGCCCCACCGCUGCUGACAUUUUGACCUCUUAGCAUUUGUCACUUCAUACCGUCCCACACCUAAAGCCCUCCCUGCAGCCUCUGCACCCUUUUACCUCUGCUGUAUACGAGCCAACAUGUGUCGUCAAGCCUCUCCCCCUUUAACCAAGCAGCUAUGGUCAAAACUGCUCGUAGUUUGUGUCACGAAACUGUAAAUAGGUUAUUUAUCAUCUGUAAAACUUAAAGGCAAAAUGGGAGAGGGGCAUGUUGUCUGUAUUGUAUAAUGGUGCCAUUAAAGAAUCAUUGUUUGAA